GCUAUGGCUCGCCUUAGCCCUCGAGGGGCUCUAUUCUUGCCCCUGCUCUGCUGCCUCCUGGGGCUUCUGACUCUGUGCCCUGGGGGGGAGCCCCAGACGGUGCUAACCGACGACGAGAUCGAGGAGUUUCUGCAAGGCUUCCUUCAGGAGUUGGACCCCCAGCGGAAGGAGGAGGGAGAGGGAGAGGAGAAGGAAGUAGAGCAGGGGCUCCCUGAAACCACCCUGAGUCCCAAGAAAGGGAAAGCGGGAGGGUCUCCUGAAAAGGCCAAAGACAAAGGAAAGAAAGGGAAGAAGGAUAAAGGCCCCAAGCCCACAAAGGGACCUUUGGAAAAUACCCCAAAGCCCACCAAGAAAGGGAAAGAGAAGCCCCCGAAGGCAACUAAAAAGCCCAAGGAGAAACGACCUAAGGCAACUAAGAAGCCCAAAGAGAAACGACCCAAGACCACCAAGAAGCCCCCUACUGGGAAAAGUCCUCCCACCCGGUUUCCCUUAGAGGACUUAGAGAGGUCUGUGGUCCCAGCUCCCAUCCCAGAGCCCCAACCCGAUGAGGAAACACAAAGAGGUGGGAGCAACCUUCCACCCUGGGAGGAUCAGGAGGGAGUGCAUACAGAUCUGAUAAGGAGGGAGUUCCAGCCAGAAGAGGAGGAAGAGACAGAGCCACCCACCUUGGAUUAUAAUGACCAGAUCGAGAGGGAGGACUAUGAGGACUUCGAAUACGUUCGGCGGCAAAAGAAACCCAAGCCCCCUCCAAGCAGGAAGAAGCCUGAGAGACCUCGUCCAGAGCCCACUGAAGAGCUGAAACCAGAGCCUCCAGAGGAGAGACCAGACAGCUUUAAGCCCCCUCCACCCCUACAAAUCCCUGACUAUGGAGAUGGCUACGUGAUUCCAGACUAUGAUGACAUGGACUAUUAUUUACGGCCACCCAGGCCCCGGAAGCCAGACAGUGAGGUGGAGACGGAUGAGGAAAAAGAACGACUGAAAAAACCUAAGAAAGAGGGUGGUAGCAACAAGGAAGAGGAACCAGAUGAGAAGUGGCCUGAGGAGAAGGGCAAAGACCGGAAAGGGAAGCCAAAGAAACCCUGGGAAACAGGAGAGGAAUGGGGUCCAGUGGAAAAAGAGAAGUGCCCGCCAAUUGGGAUGGAGUCACAUCGAAUUGAAGACAACCAGAUUCGGGCCUCUUCCAUGCUAAGACACGGCCUUGGUGCCCAGCGUGGGAGGCUGAAUAUACAGGCAGGUUCCAAUGAGGAUGACUACUACGAUGGAGCCUGGUGUGCUGAAGAUGACACUCAAGUUCAGUGGCUGGAGGUGGACACAAGAAGGAACACCAAAUUCACUGGUGUCAUCACCCAGGGCCGUGACUCCACCAUCCACGAUGAUUUUGUCACCACUUUCUUCGUGGGUUUCAGCAAUGACAGCCAGAACUGGGUGAUGUACACCAAUGGCUAUGAGGAGAUGACCUUUCAUGGGAAUGUGGACAAGGACACCCCAGUGCUGAGUGAAUUUCCAGAGCCUGUUGUGGCCCGGUUCAUCCGUAUCUACCCACUUACCUGGAAUGGUAGCCUUUGUAUGAGGCUGGAGGUGCUGGGCUGUCCACUGACUGCCAUCCACAGCUUCUACACUCAGAAUGAGGUCACAACCACUGACAACCUGGAUUUCCGCCACCACAGCUACAAGGACAUGAGGCAGUUAAUGAAGGUGGUGAAUGAGGAAUGCCCUACCAUCACCCGCACCUACAGCUUAGGCAAGAGCUUCAAGGGCCUGAAGAUCUAUGCCAUGGAGAUCUCUGACAACCCCGGGGAACAUGAGCUGGGGGAGCCUGAGUUCCGCUAUACAGCAGGUAUCCAUGGCAAUGAGGUCCUGGGCCGGGAGUUACUGCUAUUGCUAAUGCAGUACAUGUGCCGGGAAUACAAGGAUGGAAACCCCCGCAUACGAAGCCUUGUACAUGACACUAGAAUCCACCUGGUGCCCUCGCUCAACCCUGAUGGCUAUGAGAUUGCUGCCCAGAUGGGCUCUGAAUUUGGGAACUGGGCUUUGGGACUGUGGACUGAGGAGGGCUUUGAUAUCUCUGAGGACUUCCCGGAUCUCAACACAGUGCUGUGGGGUGCUGAGGAGAGGAAGUGGGUCCCUCACCGAGUGCCCAACAAUAACCUGCCCAUCCCGGACCGCUACCUUACUGCUGAUGCCACGAUAGCUGUAGAAGUCCGUGCGAUCAUUGCCUGGAUGGAGAAGAAUCCCUUCGUCUUGGGUGCUAAUCUGAAUGGGGGUGAACGGCUGGUGUCCUACCCCUACGAUAUGGCUCGGACCCCCAACAGGGAACAACUCAUGGCAGCAGCAAUGGCGGCUGCCCGUGGGGAGGAAGAGGAUGAAACGUUUGAGAUUCAGGAGACGCCGGACCAUGCCAUCUUCCGGUGGCUUGCCAUUGCCUAUUCCUCAGCUCACCUCACCAUGACUGAAACUUACCGUGGGGGUUGCCAGGCACAGGACUACACAAAUGGCAUGGGCAUUGUCAAUGGUGCCAAGUGGAAUCCCAGAGUGGGAAGUAUGAAUGACUUUAGUUACUUACACACCAAUUGUCUGGAGCUCUCGAUCUACUUGGGAUGUGACAAGUUUCCUCAUGAGAGCGAGCUGCCUCGAGAGUGGGAGAAUAACAAGGAGGCGCUGCUCACCUUCAUGGAGCAGGUACACCGAGGCAUUAAAGGAGUAGUGACGGAUGAACAAGGCAUCCCCAUUGCCAAUGCCACCAUCUCUGUGAGCGGCAUUAACCACGGUGUCAAAACAGCCACUGGAGGUGAUUACUGGCGCAUCCUGAACCCCGGGGAGUACCGCGUGACAGCCCGGGCAGAGGGCUACACUCCCAGUGCCAAGACCUGCAACGUGGACUACGACAUCGGCGCCACGCAGUGCAACUUCAUUCUGGCUCGUUCCAACUGGAAGCGCAUCAGGGAGAUCUUGGCCAUGAACGGGAACAGGCCCAUUCCCCACAUCGAUCCUUCUCGACCCAUGACCCCCCGAGAGCGCUUCAUGCAGCGCCGCCGCAUGAUGUACCGCAUCAAGAUGCGUGAACAGAUGCGCCUUCGCCGGCUCAACGCCACGGCCAGCCUUGCCCCCACCACCAGCUUAUCCCCCGUCUAUCCCCCCUCCCAGAGCACCACCCUGGAGCCCUGGAGCCUCCAACCUCCCACGGCCCCUACCUGGGAGAUGGAGACAGAGACUGAGACCUACACAGAGGUCGUGACUGAACUGGCAACAGAGUUAGAACCAGAGUUUGGGCCGGAGGAAGACGAGCUGGCCACAGGCACAGCCUUCCCCUUCACGACAGCUGAGACCUACACUGUGAACUUUGGGGACUUCUGAGGGCCUGGCUUCUCCCACUGCCCCUCCCCAUCGCAGCACGUCCCCACCGCCCCAGAGCCGGCCGCCACGGCCGGCUCAGCAGCCUUCCAAGAGCAGAAGGCCCUGUCCGGGCCCUGCUAGGAGUCGCCCAGUUUUUCUCCUCGGAGCCUUUCCCCAGGGUGCUGGCUCUCCCCAUCUUUAGGCCAGAAAGAAUGUGAUCGAGAUCUGCCGAGUACCAGAGGGAUAGGCAAGGGGCUGCAGGUCUGUCAGUUCUCCUGGCAGCCAUCUGGCCUCCAGCCCAGCCUUAGCUGUAGAAUAUGGACUCCUAUUGUCUAGCAAGGGUGGGGAGAGAUGGAAUCAGAGCAAGUAGAGGCCGUAGAAUGGAGCUAACUCCCUAUCCCCUUACCAUCCUGUUAUACCAAUAAAAUAAGCUCUGAUGGCAAACAUCUUA